CGAGCUACAUGUUUGCGCUCCGCAGGAGUGGCUCAAAUGUUUCGAUCACCUCGCCCGGCGUGAACGAUAGCAGCCGAUCUGACUACAUGGUACUUCGCCUCGGCAGCUAACGUGGGGAUUAGCUUUUCCGAAGACACACACUUAUUUAUGUCCUUUUGGAGCCAGCCUGUACCACCAUGGCUCUUUACGAAUAUGUCACUCACGACCAGCUUGCGGGCUUCGACAAAUACAAGUACAGCGCAGUGGACUCCAAUCCCCUUUCGGUCUAUGUCAUGCACCCUUUCUGGAACUUUGUGGUGAAGUUUCUACCAACAUGGUUGGCUCCAAACCUCAUUACGUUCACAGGGUUUAUGUUCCUUGUAUUGAAUUUCCUUAUGUUGGCAUUCUACGACUUCGACUUCACUGCCUCUGCUGCAGGACAUAAACAUGUGCCUAGCUUGGUCUGGGUUGCUGCAGGGAUCUUCAACUUUUUGGCCUACACACUCGAUGGUGUUGACGGUAAACAGGCACGUCGCACCAACUCCUCCACACCACUAGGGGAGCUGUUUGACCAUGGCCUUGACAGUUGGGCCUGCAUCUUCUUUGUGGCGACGGUUUACUCCAUAUUUGGGCGCGGGGAAAGUGGCGUCGCUGUGGCCACCCUGUAUUACAUCCUGUGGGUGGUGUUGUUCUCAUUCAUUCUAUCUCACUGGGAGAAAUAUAACACUGGCAUCCUGUUUCUUCCAUGGGGCUACGACAUCAGCCAAGUGACAAUCUCGCUCGUUUACUUGGUCACUGCUGUGGUCGGCGUGGAAACCUGGUACCAGCCAAUCCUGUGGAGCUUCCUCUAUAGAGACCUCUUCACCUUUAUGAUUAUCGCUUGCUCCUUUACUGUCACCGUACCCAUGAGCCUCUACAAUGUCCUGAAAGGUCACCGCGCAAACACUCUGAAGCAUAGCAGCUUGUACGAAGCCUUCCUGCCCUUUCUUUCUCCCGUCCUCCUCUUUCUCUUGUCUACCAUCUGGGUGGUUUUCUCUCCAUCCGACAUACUCGAGCUGCAGCCCAGGAUCUUCUACCUUAUGGUGGGGACAGCCUUCGCCAAUGUUACGUGUAAACUGAUUGUGUGUCAGAUGAGUAACACGCGUUGCCAGGCGCUGAGCUGGCUGUUGCUGCCCAUGGUGCCGGUGGUGUUGUUAGCGGUAACCGGGGUGGUCGCCAACGAGGUCGCACUGCUUUAUCUGUGGACAACAGCUGUCAUACUAGCCCACAUCCACUACGGCGUUUCAGUGGUACAACAGCUCAGCCAACACUUCAGUAUCUUGGCCUUCUCUCUGAAGAAGCCUAACAGUGACUGACAGGAGGUGGAUCGAAUUGGCUUGAAAGAAGCUGAGGUUUAGGCUCCUCCUCUCCUUGGCUUAUCCACACUUCACUGUCUUCACCAGGGAAACCGCAUCCCCUCCCCUACAUCCAUGAGGACACUGCAAGUGGAAGGAACUGACUUUCUACUUCUCUCAAACGCACGCCUGCACACACACACACACACACACACACACACUCCCGCAGAGACACACAAUCAAUCCCACUUUACCAACCAAACUGGGUCUGCGAUGGGGGGCGGACCCAGGGGCUCUGGCUUCCGUCAUUGGUGAUUGGCCAACUUGUUGAACCAAUGAGGUGCAAUUGUUUCCUAAGGAAAUAUGCUUCAGUCAUGCGGACAGGAGUCACACAUACUCAAACAUACAUGUACAUACAUUAUUCUGCUAUAGUGCAGAUCAUUUUUCUUUUGUCAAAUACGAACACAUACAAACAGCACUCACGUAGUAUUAUGAAUGUAAAAUAUGCCUUGGGGAAACAACAUUUAGGUUUUAUUAUAUUAACAGGAUUGCCUCAAUGUUUUUUCAAACUCAACCAAAUCUCUAGAUUGUUUCCGUUAACUUCUAUGUUUAGAGUUUGAAGGUUAAUUACCUUUUUCAUCAUGGGAUGAUUUUUUAUUUGUGUGUGUGUGUGUGUGUGUGUGUGUGUGUGUGUGUGUGUGUGUGUGUGUGUGUGUGUGUGUGUGUGUGUGUGUGUGUGUGUGUGUGUGUGCGCACACACUGCGUUGAGGCAUUUUAUUUCCAGACUGAAAACAAUUAAUUGAAUUCUGUAAAAAAAAAAAAAGGUCUGCAUUUCUCUUUGUGAUGACUGAAGUUUAGGGUUAACCACGAUAAGGGUGAUCUCUGACCUUUCUUUAAUUCUACUAACCCAUAACCUAAACCUGUUCUGGAUUUCCCUACCUUCUGAGGUGUUGUUCAUGCUAAUUCUGUCAUUUCAAUUUUAACAUUUUUAUAUAAAUACAUAUUUGGGCGUAUUUUGUUAAUCUGUUGCCAUGGCAAUGGUUUGUUGUUUAGUUGCGCAGCGCUUGAAUGAAGAGUGCGUUCAAAAACCGUUAAUGGAGCGGACUCACUCUGAGGGAACGAGCCGUUGCACAGGACACGGAUACAAAUGUACACCCCCCCCCCCCCCCACACACACACACACACACACACACACACACACAGAUAUCAUCACUCUUUUUAUACUGUCUGUCAGAUCAUUUCUGGAUUGUUGGUUUUUUGAUCUGUGAAGCACUGUUUAUCUGUGUGAUUCUAAUGAUGUUCCGGUGGACUGGACUCUGUCUCUAAUAUGAUAUUCAUGGGCAGGCUUGGUCAGCUGUCAUUUUUCACAUAACAACAUAAGAGUGUUUGUCUAUAGUUCAGAGGAAAUAUAAUCUUUUUGUGUGUAACCUGACUCCUUUGUUGAAAAGUGACCGGUCUUGUCUAUAUACAAGGACUUUCCCACAUCUCCAGUAUCUAUUGAGAGUACUGCCCCAGCGACACUCGGUUAUGUUUGUCGGCAAUAUUUUUUUAACCGUGGUUUUCAACCAAAUCUGUGCCCACAAAGUCAGGUUCACAAGUCAUUGUCUCACUGUUAGCUGUGAAAGACGCCUGAUGUUCACACCAACAACGAUACCAACUGUUGGGAAAGCCUUUGUACAUCCAAGUCCACGUCUGUCUGAAUGUGAUUCUCUCGUGUACAGUGAGUGUUACCAUACUCUAUGAUUAAAAGGUACAAGGAAACAUGAGAAUACACUGGGAAUGAGAAAUGUACAAGUGCACUUGGAGCUUGAUUUCACGUACGCAGUUCUACGUCUUCCAGUAGUUCUUUUCUUUGUUUUUGAAGAGAUGCCAGGUGCAGUUAUAUGUACACAAAAUAUUAUUUGAAAUUAGAUUAGUCCCAGAACUGUGACUUAGGACACUGUAAAUCUUGGUGGUAUGAGAACAAUUGACUGAGAAUUCUGCAGCAAGAAGAAGACAUGCGCUCUCUGGGUAUGAUCCAUGUGUACAAAUCCCUUAAUAGAUGUUAGAAUUGUGAGGAUAUCUGUGGAUAUACAGUUAUAAUUUAAUUUCUUUAAUUUGAUUAAAUGUGGGGCAGCAUCAGCACCUCAUUUUGCAAAGCUAUAAAAUAAAUCUGUCAAUGGUGAUUAAGGCUGUUAAAAUUACUCAAAUGAUGUUUGAAUUUUGUCUUUAAAAACAUAUAUUUGAA